UUGAAGGUUCCGCGCAUGCUCAGACGUCGCCUCCACAUGUGUUUCUUAUGCGUAGGCUCCGGUGGAGGUCACUGUGAUCUAACAGCGCUGUUGAACUGUCAUGCUGCUAUGGCGAAGCUCUUCGAGUCCAUUGGAAAGCUGGGCUUGGCCUUGGCCAUAGGAGGAGGUGUAGUGAACUCUGCACUUUUCAAUGUGGAUGCGGGACACCGGGCGGUCAUCUUCGACAGGUUUCGAGGUGUUCAGGAUGCUGUUAUAGGGGAGGGCACACACUUUCUAAUUCCCUGGGUGCAGAAGCCAAUCAUCUUUGACUGCAGGUCCCGUCCACGCAAUGUGCCUGUCAUCACUGGUAGCAAAGAUUUGCAGAAUGUCAACAUCACGCUGAGGAUCCUGUUCCGGCCAGUUGCUACACAGCUGCCGCGGAUUUUCACCAGCAUCGGAGAGGACUAUGAUGAGCGAGUGCUGCCCUCCAUCACCACUGAGGUCCUGAAGUCUGUAGUGGCCCGUUUUGAUGCGGGUGAGCUCAUCACUCAGAGAGAACUGGUGUCCAGGCAGGUCAGUGAGGAUCUGACAGAAAGAGCUUCCACCUUCGGCCUCAUUCUAGAUGACGUCUCCCUGACACAUCUGACGUUUGGCAAGGAGUUCACCGAGGCUGUUGAGUUGAAGCAGGUUGCACAGCAGGACGCUGAGAGAGCCAGGUUUGUUGUAGAAAAGGCAGAGCAGCAGAAGCAGGCAACCAUUAUAUCAGCAGAAGGAGACUCUCAGGCUGCGCUGUUGAUCGCUAAUUCUCUGGCAGUAGCUGGUGAUGGCCUGGUGGAGCUGAGAAAGCUGGAGGCUGCGGAGGACAUCGCCUUCCAGCUCAGCCGCUCUCGCAAUGUUACCUACCUCCCGUCUGGACAGGGAACACUCCUUCAGAUACCACACUGAUAGGAAAACUAGAGACACACACACACACACUUCACUUCUUCUGCUCUAAGCUGGGCUACUUUCGGAAAUGGGGAUGUCUGUAGAAACCAUGAAACUAUCUGAUCAGCCUAAAGGCAAAUUUUAUAGAGACAAAGAUACCUGGUGUUUUUCUCUCUUUUAGUCCUAGAAGUGUAGACUGCCACAAGGUGCUUUCAGCAUUUGGAAAGAGUGAAGGGGAAACCCAGGGGAAGAGUCUGUGUGUGUAUAUGUGCUUGGGUGCAUAUAUUUGCAUGUGGUAAUGUUUUUCUUGGCUAAGCCAUUUCAGUUAAAUUGAUAUACAUAGAAGUUGAUCUAAGUACCUUGUAAAGCUAAGUUAAACCGUACAUUCAUGAGUAGUGAGUGCUGGAUGAUUGACAUCAAUCUCCCCCUCUGCUCCUGCGAGAACGACUGUGUUGUGUUUUGGUUUGAAUGUGUUUUUGUUGUAUGUGGCAGAAGGAACGCCCCUUGUCUCAUAAAGAUCAAUAAACAAUUAUUCCUUUAUACUAAAUCGAAAA